AUGUGCCCACGUGUGCUCGGAAUUCCUGGCCUUAGAGCUGCGGGAAGCCACGCUCCCAGAACGGCGGAGCCGCGGGGUGGGCGGAGCGGAGGCCGGGGCCCCGCGUGGCCGGCGGAGGCGCGGGUGUCCCGGCGGCGCGUGGGCCCCAGGGGCCGGGGGCGCUCACUACGCGGGAACUGCGGCUGCGACUCCCGUAGGCCCGUGAGCGGCCUCCCCGACGGCAUCACCUCCAACGCCCGGAGCGCGUCGCCAGGCACCACCGGUUAA